AGCGCCGCCAUGAGCCGGCCUGAGGGGACUCGCGGCGGCCGCCGCUCCCUGCAGGUGAAGUUCGUGCCCGACGAGGACGUCCUCAAGCACAUCGCCGACGACGCAGGAACUAAAGUACGGAAGGACAAGGCUCAGCUGAGUGUCAGUGUGAAGAGAUUUGUGAAGAAGCUUGACAAUAUUUCUGAUAAUGAAGCUCAGGAGAUCCUGGAAGAGAACAACUAUGUUGCUGCUCUUGGAAUAUGUGCCCAAGAUCCAGUGGGAAAUGGCUCAAGUAUAAGUGGUAGUGAAGUUUACUCGUUCCAGACUCCCAAACGCUCCAAUAAAAUGGCAGAGCUGGCCUCUGAAUUAGCCCAGACACCAGAAAAGAAUGUGGCACCUGAUCACUCCAAGUGCCCUGAGAAGAUGGCCAAAACCCCUCAAAGCAAACAUUCGAGUUCAAACAAAGUGCAGCUGAGGAAUAAAAAGAAAGAAUUUGUGUCCACCACACCUUACAGACUCAGAAAGAGACUAGCAGCUCCAGAUCCCUAUUUAGAAAGUGAGAGUGAGUAUUCUGCUUCCUGCUCAGAGGAGGAGGAUGAGGAAGAACAGAAAGAAGUCGGCACUGUUUUAUCAGUUCAAAAGACUCCAGCAAAACCUAAGGCAGCAUCUACACCUCCUCCCAGAAACACUCUAGCCAAAAGAAUUAAGGAGCAAAAGAUGGGCAACCUGGUGGAGGAAUACUUUGAAGCUCACAGUAGUUCCAAAGUGCUCACUUCAGACCGAACACUGCAGAAGUUGCGGAAAAGAAGAUUGAAUCAGCAAACACUGCAUGAUCUUUUGAAAAAUGCUCCCCUUGCCUAUGCUGCUGAAAUUAGACACCUUAACCAGCAACAUGAAUCCUUGUUUUCCAAGUGGAUGCUGCAAUUACACUUGGGUUUCAAUAUUGUGCUUUAUGGACUGGGCUCUAAGCGUGAUCUUUUGGAGAAGUUUCGUACCUCUCUGCUCCAGGAUUCUGUUCACCUGGUGGUUAAUGGAUACUUCCCCAGCAUCACUGUGAGAUCUAUUCUCAACUCCAUCACAGAGGAGGUUUUGGACCAUAUAGGGACCUUCCGCAGCCCCCUUGACCAACUUGAAUUCAUUACCAAAAGGUUUAAAGAAGAUUCAUCUUUAGAACUGUAUGUCCUCAUUCAUAACCUGGACAGCCAGAUGUUGAGAGGAGAAAGAAGUCAGCAGAUCCUUGCACAGUUAUCCUCCCUGCCUAGAAUUUACCUCAUUGCCUCUAUCGAUCACAUCAAUGCUCCUCUCAUGUGGGAUCAGGCAAAGCUGAGCCUCUACAACUGGCUUUGGUAUGAAACAACCACAUUUAAUCCUUAUGUGGAAGAAACGUCUUACGAGAACUCGCUUUUAGUACAACAGUCUGGAUCUUUGGCUUUGAGCUCCCUAACACAUGUCCUGCAUAGCCUCACUCUCAAUGCCAGGGGGAUAUUCAGACUGCUUGCUCAGCACCAGCUGGAGAAGAAGGACAACCCAUCUUAUCCAGGGCUGUCUUUCCAAGACUUCUACCAGCAGUGUCGGGAGGCUUUCCUUGUGAACAGUGACCUCACACUCAGGGCACAGCUGACAGAAUUCAGGGACCACAAGCUCAUCCGGACCAAGCGGGGAGCUGAUGGUGUGGAAUACUUACUAAUUCCUGUCGAUGACAGUACCUUGACCGACUUCUUAGAGAAAGAGGAUGAAGAUGUGUAAUGUCUCUGUGUCCUCAGUGUCUACAGCAACUGCCCUCAAUGGCUGCUGGAGAGGGGCCUAUGCUCAGAUCUCACCUUCUCCAACCUUACAGCUGCUGCAGUGAUAAGUAAUAAUUCUAAUCAAUCUUGCUCAUUGUUCAGCUACCCCAGGUAGUUUGGAAUGAUGACUUCGGUAAGCAAGGCCUCUCUUGCGCUCUAGUUGGAUUUGUCUGCUUUGUCUCUUAGCGCAGACAAAGCCUUCUUCCUAUCUGUGCAGCCAACCUCACAGCCAGGAAAACAGACUUGGUGAGAUGGUGCCUUUCUGCUCUCUACCUCAGUAGACAUGAGGGUUUUAUUGGAGCAAUUUACUUGGGAAGUGCAAAUCACAAGAUGGUUAAGAGCUUUAGUUGGUACUAGUGGUGCAACUUUUCUCAACUGAGUGCUAUCCACUGCUCCUCUACCAUUUAGACAAAACUAGCUUCCAGUGUAUGAAGACAAAAUUAAUAAUGCUAUGAGACCUGCCUUGACUGCAUGAGGAAAGGAGAAUACUAGCGGGUUUGGGAUGCUGUGGGUAACUUAGUCAAUUCUGGCAAUAAAACUGAAGGACUUGUCCCAAACCCACACAUCCUUUUAUAAGAUUUAGAUAAUUGAAAAUUUGAUGGACUCAUGUCAUUGCCUGCUACUCUCCAAGGUGCAGUCCAGGAACAUGAAGAGGCUAUGAAGCUUUUUUGUUUCUUUUUUAAAACCUUGAUUGUAUAUUUAUAUUUUUUACAUCAGGAGUCUCCACUGAUCCUGGAGGAGGCCUUAAAUGCCACUUAGAAGCUCUCCCUUUUUUAAGCUCUUAGAGGCUGGGAGACUGCUGAAGUUUGACAUCUUUUCUUCAAUUCUUUUUUUCUCAGUUAUGUGGGAGGAAGUUCUAUAGUUCCAUCAUUUAUAGUCUGCCAGCCAGACUUCAGGGACUCUGUACGCCUAAUAUUUGGUAGCUGUGUUACAGCUCAGUGUUGUAAUAGUUCAA